CGAGUGACCCAGGAAAACGGCAGUGCGGAGACUACGCUCCUACACAAGCCAGCACUCCGCCACUGGCACUCAUCGGCGAAUCUCCUUCAUGCUGCCCUCCUUAAACAUUCGACGGGGUGGCUGAGCUUCUUAGUGCCAGCAUGGCCGCCCGCAUAGACCACACCCGCGAGGCCGGCCAUCUUCCAGCACGAGCACGCCCUCCAUCUCACGCCCACGUCUCUGAUUCAUCUUCCUCCAACAUCACCACCACCACCACUACUACUACUACUACUAUUACGAACAGCCCUGCCACCGCCCUCUCUUCAUCAUCAUCAUCUUCUGUUGCUAACACCGUCAAUAUCACUGAGAAUCCUCUCACAAACGUUAGCUUACAAAAACAGCAACAGCAGGAGCAGGAGUCAAAAGUCUCCAACAUCACCACCACUUCCUCCUCCACCACCACCCAGCACAGCAGCAGCACCAACGAACUCCCCCAAUAUCACAGAUCUCAACACUUCUGACCUCAACAAGCCAACCAACCCGACGAUGUCCGACACCAGCCGACCUGAUGUGACCCAGUGCGACCCUUCGAAGACGGACACAAUGGCAUUACCUCCUUCCGCUCAGCCUAAUUCUGAUCCUCCGCCCUCGUAUCAAGUCGCCAGCAGCCUUGCCUCUGGAAAGUGCGCCAAGUGGACCAGCAGCGAACCUGAGAGAGACACGUGGGGCAAGAAAAUCGAGUUCUUGCUGGCUGUCGUUGGUUUUGCCGUAGACCUUGGCAAUGUCUGGAGGUUUCCUUAUAUAUGCUACCAGAACGGAGGAGGCGCCUUCCUGAUCCCGUACUGCAUCAUGUUGGUGUUCGGUGGACUCCCCCUGUUCUUCCUGGAGCUGGCACUCGGACAAUAUCAUCGCAGCGGCUGCCUCACCGUCUGGAAAAGGAUUUGCCCCAUGCUCAAGGGUAUCGGCUACGCCAUCUGUAUCAUCGAUUUGUACAUGGCCAUGUACUACAACACAAUUCUGGCGUGGAGCGUGUACUACCUGGUGGCGUCCUUCAGGAGUGAGUUGCCGUGGACAUCCUGUGACAACGCAUGGAAUACGGAAAACUGCACGCUGACCAGUAACGUCCACAACGCCACCGACAAGUUACUGGCUGUGUCGCCAGCCAAGGAAUUCUUCACAAACGAGGUCCUGGAAGUAGACAAAUCAACUGGUUUAGGCGACCUGGGACCCGUCAAGGGUUCGCUGGCCCUCUGCCUAAUGUCCGUCUUCAUGCUGGUGUACUUCUCCCUCUGGAAAGGUGUCAAAUCCACAGGCAAGGCUGUCUGGGUCACGGCUUUGUUUCCUUACGCCGUUUUGAUCAUUUUGCUCGUCCGGGGGGUGACUUUACCUGGAGCCGCCAACGGCAUCAUGUACUACCUGACUCCGAGAUUCCAGAUGCUGCACAAACCCAGGGUUUGGGUUGAUGCGGCCACACAGAUUUUCUUCAGUCUGGGACCCGGAUUCGGAACCCUCUUGGCUCUCUCUUCUUACAACAAAUUCAACAACAACUGUUACAGAGACGCACUUCUUACAUCAACUAUCAACUGUCUGACGAGCUUUCUGGCUGGUUUUGUUAUCUUUUCUGUCCUGGGCUACAUGGCGCAUGUGCAGAACAAGAAUAUCUCUGAGGUUGGGCAAGAAGGUCCAGGGUUAGUCUUCACGGUUUACCCAGAAGCCAUUGCCACGAUGACUGGUUCAGUGUUUUGGUCGAUCAUAUUCUUCUUGAUGCUGAUAACGCUGGGUCUGGACAGUACCUUUGGAGGGUUGGAGGCCAUGAUUACGGGCCUUUGUGAUGAGUACCCACGACGUCUUGGAAGGCAUAGAGAAGUGUUUGUCUUCUUCCUCCUCAUAUUCAUCUACGUUUGCGCUCUACCAACUACCACUUACGGUGGAAUGUAUAUUGUUGAUCUUCUGAACGUCUUCGGGACGGGAAACCCAAUAUUAUUCAUCGUUUUCGUCGAGGCAACUGCGGUGUGCUGGUGCUACGGAGCUGAAAGAUUUGCCGAUGAUAUUGAAAAGAUGCUGGGAUUCAGACCUGGAUGCUUCUGGAUAGUCUGCUGGAAAUAUAUCUCACCUACAUUCAUUUUUGUGCUGUUUGUGUGGUCAUUUGCUAUACAAAAUGGCUCAGCUGCUCUCAAUCUUCCUCCAUGGGCUGUAGCACUAGGAUGGGUCCUGACUUGCUCAUCCAUCAUAUGCAUCCCAUUAUAUAUUGUUUAUAUGUUCAUUGUUACUCCUGGAACAUUCAGAGAGCGCAUCAAGGCCAUGAUAAAGCCAGAAGAAUAUAUACCACCGCAAUUGAGUCAGAUCAAUUCUCACUACGGAACUCACGUCUGAAAGGUCAACUUGAAUUAUAAAACUCCUCUUUGAAAAGAGCCAUUUCCUUUAUUGCACUCGUCUCUGAAAAAGAUCAUUCCUUUUAUAGCAGUCAUGUUUAUAAACGCUACUAUCCGUGAAAUUCAUUUAACAUAAUGUGUAGCACUUUUGUCUGGUAAAUGCGGGACUUUCAGCAGCUUGCAGUCAAGGUUCUAUCGUCAUCAGUUAUGUACAUCUAAGUGUUCUUUGUAAUUUAGAUAUGAAAUUGUAACCAAUUUAAUUAUUAAUAUCUUCAGGGAAUUUUCUUUUCUUAAAUCAGCAUUAAACACAUAUUGUUUAUCAGUUUUGGUAGAUGUAAUCUUAUUCAUUUCUAACAAAAUGCCCUGAUGUAGUUUCUUGUAUAUCUUAUGAUACUGUGCUUGCAUGUGUAUAUGUGUAAUAUAUUGGGAUAUGAGUACGUAAAUAUGAAUAAUAAAUUUAUAAAAUAUAAGCAUUAUUAUGUGCUAUAUAUACUAUAUGCAUUUGCCCUAAAUGCAUACCUAUAUCCUUACAUAUUUUUACAUAUGUAUGUGCUUUAAAUAAGAACAAUCCGUACUGUUGUUAACUAUAAUAGGCUUACUCAUAUUUGUAUUUCGUAUUACUGCAAGUGUUUUGUAACAAUACUAUAUCUGUGUAGAUAAUUAGGUGUUUGCAGCUGAAUCAACGCGUGUGUUUUUACUGCAACAGGACAAACACGUCAUUGUGUGUCAGCCAUGUCCUAAGUAGUCUUGCGUUUAAAAGAUAAAAAGAAGUAUCUUUUAGUGUAAAUAAGUUUACAUGUAUAUGUAUAUAUACAUAUACAUAUAUACUGUAUAUAACUAGCUAUUGUAUAGUGAAAAACUUUAUUGGUAAAAUGCACUUAUUAAAACUGAUACAUAUAGUAUAAAACAUAUGGUUGUAUUAAUGAUAAACGUACAAGUUUUGUAAGCAUAGUUCAGCUGUCAUGUUUAUGCAAUGUUCAAUGGGCAACCUGAGAGUGAAAAAUACCAAAAAUACUAAAACUAACUCUAUCUCCACAAGUGUUUGUGCAUAUAUACAUUAUGUAUCUACACAAGUAUCUCGAAAAAUGCAUAACACUUGGAAGUGUGUAAGUAUAUUUUUGUGUUCGUGUAGGGUAUAUUUGUAUUUGUUUGUGCAGUGUAAAUCUGUAAGUGUUUUCGUUUGUAUGCAUGUGUGUAUAUAUACUAUAUAUAUACUGAUGAUUUCUCAGUAUUCUCAUUACCUCAUCUUUUGUGGAGUUCAGUGGAAUGUCUGUUGUAUCAAUAUACACGCAGAAUUAUUGUAACCUAUUUUGUGACUAAUAUUUGCCGUGGUUUUCAAAAGUGCUCUACAAAUCUCUGCUGUAAAGUUGAAGUUUUACUGACUGCUCUGAAAGGCAAGCCUAUAUACUUGCGAAAAUCAUCAUAUCACUAGCUUACAUCAACAUACCACAAUCCGCAGCAAUGUUUAAUAUAAAGAAAACAGAUUAGCUAUUGUAUCAUAAUGCAUUAUGUCUCUGUAUAUAGAUUCGUUAUUGUAAAUGUGAGAUUCUUUGCAGUUGAUCUCCUGUAGGAUUUAUAGUUACUUAAUAUAUUUUCUAAGCAUUUGCAUAAGGCGAUGGGAGUUAAUGUGUUUCAUGUAAGUAGAGUUUCAGCUGUCAUUAGAAAGAUGGAAAGAUUUUGUGAUUAGGUUGAGCAUCAAUCCAUUCUUGUCUAGGACUUUUCUGCUUUGCAUGCAUAAAAUUUUGAUGAGAUUUGUUUAUGUAGUUUCAUAUUUUCAGUUGUCUCUAGUCUUCACAAAAUCUAGUGCUUUUGUAAAUUCAGUUUACUUGUUACUUUAAGCAAAAACUUUCAUUUUCAUGGCACCUUUAUGCUGUUUUUUUUUCUUUUUUUCUAGAGUAGUGUGUAACAAACAAGGAGGCACAUUCUGUUCCUGUCUGCUGCAUUUCAUAUUGAAAACACAAACUCUGGUUUUCCUCAUUUUCUUCAGUUAGGCUUUGAGAUUUCUUCUCUAUGUGUACAUGUCAUAAUUAUGUGUUUAAUCGGUGUGUUGUUAUAUGAGAAAAGAAUACUCAUAGUAAUAGUACAAUAACUGUCAAAUGAACUUUAUGUAUGUAUGUAUGUCUGUAACUGGUUGUUAAACGGGGAAAAUAUUUUAUCACAGCAAAUACAAAUAAAAUUAUUUUGAAUAAUGAACUUUAGAUUUUUGUACAGUAAUAGGUUAAGAAAAAAUUAUUUGUUGUAUUUAGAAUGUGCAGUGUCCAGUGAAUUAUAUAUUAAUGUUAGAAAGAGUGUGUGUGUGUGUGUGUGUGUGCGUGUGUGAGGUAUUGAUAACAAAAUACAGUAUUAACUUAACUUUAAAAAGAGGGAGACAGUAGCUGAUAGCCUAGCAGGAACAUAUAAUAGUUAUUCCUGACUUGUUAAUAAAAGACAAACUUUGAAAUUGUUUGUAACGAAACUUGUGUAAAUGUGUAAAAUAAUAAAUGUAAUCCAUGAUGUGAUGUAGUGAUAGAACUUGAAGAGAUCUGGUGAUGUACAAGACACGGUCGUGUCAAGCUCUGUGUGCAAGCAAGCAGCACUUGGAAUCAGCUACUCGGUGCAGGACGCUGUGGGAUAGCUGGAAUGGUGACUCAUUCUAAAACUCGUAUCACACAUUUGUUGUCUUCCGUACACACUACAUAAAUGGUUACAGCAUAUGCAGUUAUUAUUCGUGUGUGUCAUGAGUUCUGUGUUGCAGAUAUUUACCCUAAGGGCCUUUUCCUUCUCCCUCUUAACAACAGCCAUGUUAAGCAGGGUAUUUCAAAUGUAAGGAUAUUCUUUAGCAAUCUAGAUGGAGCAACUUCAACAGAUAUUUGCUUAUUCAGUUUCAGAUACAUUUGUGUCUCAGUCAAGUAUGACCAGUUGAACCAAUCGCUGUCGGAAUUGCUGUGGUGGAUGAUAUACUUAACCAGAGGUCAGAGAGGCUUCAUUUAUCGAAGUGUUCGGUAGUCAUGGAUAAUCCUUUGAUUCACUCUUCAGUACUUCCUUUGUGUGUUUUUCCCUUUACGCAAAAUUGUAAAACAGGACCGUACUUUCUUUAUUUUUUUUAUCAAUGGAAGUCCAUUCUAUGUGGUAUUUUUAAUUGAUUACAAAGGGGAAGUUUGUAUAACCCUUGGAAAAUUCUCAAGAAUCAACAGUCUAAUACUAUUCUUCCUCCCAAAAUAACUUCUACAAAUAGAUUACCUUAGUAUUGUAAUAACAAUGAAACAACAAUUAAACUAUGGUGCAUUUUAAUCCUGUGUUUAGAUUAAAAAGACACAAGGACCACUUAGUGAAAUGGUUGUUAUGGUCUAAUAAAUAUUAUGCAAUUAAAUCAGUCCCCAUGAGUAUUGAACUAAUGAAUGCUGUGAAUGUGGGAUCACUUGCUCCCACUGAAAUUCCAAAAAUAUAAGGAUAUUUACACAUACAAUGAUUGAUGAUUAAUUUUACAUUCUAACUAAAAUGUUCCUUGCUUACCAACAACGGUUGAGCUUUGAUCAGUGCAUAAAAUAACACUAUUCAUCACCACGUCUAAUGUGUGUCAGGUAUCUGUAAGCAUCUAAGAGCUCAGAAUUUAAUCCCCUUUAAUUCAUGACAGAUUUAUUUAGUUGAUUUUUAUGUUUCGUUCUUUUGUUAGCAAUCGGAAUAAAAAAAAAUUCGGCGUACGAUAUCUAUAAUUUAUGAGUACGCACUUUCCAGAGAGCAAAUGGCAAUAAUUGUAAUCCCAAAGGUUCAUUAGCAGCCAAAAUAGCAUUAUGGCAGGAGGCAGUAACGCUCAUGGCUAGCAUAGUUUUAAAGCACACAACCAGUUUCGUAUGGAGUAAAUCAGAUUCAACAGGGUAAAUCUUGAAAUUCUAACCUAUUGUCUUGUAGACUGUUUGCUGUAUUUACCGAAAAAUUUAUUCAGUUCUCACUGCCUAAGUGUUAAUAUAUUGUACAGAAAUUUGGCAAAAUUUUUUAUCUUUUCAGUCGGCCCAAUUAUCUUUUUUUUAUAGUGAUCUAGUUAAACUGCCUAUGGAAACAAUUUCUAAAAUUCAAAAUGGUAACAGACAUUUUCUUAUUAAGAUAUUUCAGAGCACGAUUUACAAACAUUGAAUUACUUACAUUCUAAUCAAGAAAUCUGCACAUCCCAAUAUAUAAGAUGGGAUUUUAAAAAUCCUCAAGUUGUUUGAAUGUACACAUACUGGUGGCUAAUGCUGCAUAUUACUUAAUAAGACGCGAUUUAAAUGCCAUUAGAAUUUGGGAGAUAGUCUAAGAGCACUAACAGCGCGGACCACCUCUUUAUUUUUGCCCUGACAACUAUCGCAUUUUAUUUUUUCGUUAACUUAGCAUUGAUAAAGAUGAAUUAUCCCAUAAGUUGUGUAUAUGCCGUUCGAUGCCCUAAACUACAGGUAAUAAAUUUGUGUGAUAUUACUUAUGUAUCUCUACGUCUGCCUCUUCACAACUGAAAUUAACUAUUGCUCAUUAUCAUUUACCUACAUCAUUGGGUAUGGAUAAGUAUUUGAGCCUCACUACGGAUGGAAAGUGUAAAGUUCACCAAUUAUUAUUGAUGACAAAAAAACUUAUGAAACCACAAUGGGCACAUAACGUCCCUUGAAAGUAAAUGUUACGUAAGAAAAUUACUGUUUGAAUGUUGUUCCACCCAUAGCAAAAGUCAAACAUUACCAGUACCUAUGUAAUGACAUAAAGCCAAGAUUGAAACACUUACGAAACGCUGCUGUCGUAGUCGAUGCUUAUCCCAGGUUUCGUAAUUUUAUACUUAUGGUUACAAGUAGUGAAGAAUCUGUAGAAGCAGUGUCCUGUCUGUCUAAGCUGGUUUUGUCCUUUUUUAGCCGCCUCCUCCUCAUCUUUGUCAGGUUGCCUGCAGGAGGGUAACUGUGUAGUUGUAGUUCUGUAUAGUCCUUGUAGCCAAAUAUUUGCUGGAGUUCGAAGUAAGAUUGUAGUUGAAAUAUGAUGAUGAUGAUUUAAAAAUGGUUGGGUAAUAGUUUAUAUGUUUAGCAGAUGAGUUCUUACGUGAAAUUCUGUAGAAGAGCGGUUUGUAUGACAGAGUCUAUACAGAUUCACAAGAUCUAUGUAAGAUUAAAAUGAUAACCUCUUAGCAAAACCGGUAGUGUAUAAUGUUACUGUUCUAACUUUCAUAUGUAAAUUAGUUCACUGGUUAACUCUCAACUCAGUGUUUGAGACUGCUUUCAGAUUUUGUCUUAUGAAUGAGCCAGUCUUUAAACAAAGUCAUAACUAGUUUUUAAAGCAAAAGCCAUUCUGAUUCCAAGAGCAUUUAUUGUUAUCAACAAAAAUUUGACACCAUACAUAGUACUUCAAUUAUCCAAUACGCCAUAGUCACGUGGCUUUAAAUUUCACAGCUAAAUCUGUCAAAUUUCGUUAAGAAAUUUUCAUUUUUAUAUUUCUGCACUACUCAAACAAAGUCAUGUGAAUUUUACAUAUCUUGAUCAAUAAUUAUCCGUGAUUGCUCUAAAUACUGUUUAUGUUUUCUAGAAUAUCUUAUUAAAAAUUCGGUAUGAAUCCCGACAGCUAGCUUUUUCCAGUGCAAAGUAUCCUGUUAGAAUUUGAAGUCUACAAUGGAAUUUGUAAUGUCUUUUUCUCUUGAAUUCUGAACCUCCUCUCUUUUGAAUGGUAUUUCAAACUCAGUCUCUUCCUAUUGUCAAUAUCAGUACCAAGACUAAUUUCACAACAUUUUUAAACUCGGUGAGUUUUGCCCCUCCAAGUAUAAAUUUUUUUCCGGGCAUAGAAAUUGAUUCUAGAUAACUAAUGCGAGGUCUGGUAGUUACUAUUACACAUAAUUGUACCACCACAUCAAUGUUAUGUUUUCAGAAACAAAACAUUAAAGACAAAAGCCCAUUAGAUAAAAGUAGAUGAGAAAGAGAAGCAUAACAGUGAAAAAUAAAUAACGACUGUAACCUGUUUCCUUGUGUGUUCAGAUGGAAUCUUAUGGUUAGCCAAAUAUAUGACAUUACAGUCUGAAA